CGGGCUGCAAGCACGACGGGCGACCCCGAGCGGCCGGCAGGGCGGCCAGUGCCGCGGAGGGCAAGGUGGUGUGCAGCAGCUUGGAGCUCGCCCAGGUCCUGCCCCCGGACACGCUGCCCAACCGCACGGUCACCCUGAUCCUGAGUAACAAUAAAAUAUCCGAACUGAAGAAUGGCUCAUUUUCUGGGCUAAGUCUCCUUGAAAGAUUGGAUCUCCGAAAUAAUCUUAUUAGUAGUAUAGAUCCAGGUGCCUUUUGGGGACUGUCAUCGCUAAAAAGAUUGGAUCUGACAAAUAAUCGAAUAGGAUGUCUGAAUGCAGACAUAUUUCGAGGACUCACCAAUCUGGUUAGACUAAACCUUUCAGGGAAUUUGUUUUCUUCAUUAUCUCAAGGAACUUUUGAUUACCUUGGAUCAUUACGGUCUUUAGAAUUUCAGACUGAGUAUCUUUUGUGUGACUGUAACAUACUGUGGAUGCAUCGCUGGGUAAAGGAGAGAAACGUCACAGUACGGGACACGCGGUGUGUUUACCCCAAGUCUCUGCAGGCCCAGCCGGUCACAGGUGUGAAGCAGGAGUUGUUGACAUGCGAUCCUCCCCUUGAGUUACCAUCUUUCUACAUGACUCCUUCUCAUCGUCAAGUUGUGUUUGAAGGUGAUAGCCUUCCCUUCCAGUGCAUGGCUUCAUAUAUUGAUCAGGACAUGCAAGUGUUAUGGUAUCAGGAUGGGCGAAUAGUUGAAACUGAUGAAUCACAAGGUAUCUUUGUUGAAAAGAAUAUGAUUCACAACUGCUCAUUGAUUGCAAGUGCCCUAACCAUUUCUAAUAUUCAGGCUGGAUCGACUGGAAAUUGGGGCUGUCAUGUCCAGACCAAACGCGGGAACAAUACAAGAACUGUCGAUAUUGUCGUGUUAGAAAGCUCUGCACAGUACUGUCCUCCUGAGAGGGUGGUGAACAAUAAAGGGGACUUCAGGUGGCCCCGAACGUUGGCAGGCAUUACUGCUUAUCUGCAGUGUACUCGGAAUACCCACGGCAGCGGGAUCUAUCCUGGAAACACUCAGGAUGAGAGAAAGGCUUGGCGCAGAUGUGACAGAGGUGGCUUCUGGGCAGAUGAUGACUAUUCUCGCUGCCAGUAUGCAAAUGAUGUCACUAGAGUUCUUUAUAUGUUUAAUCAGAUGCCCCUCAAUCUUAGCAACGCUGUGGCCACAGCCCGACAAUUAUUGGCUUACACCGUGGAAGCAGCCAACUUUUCUGACAAGAUGGAUGUUAUAUUUGUGGCUGAAAUGAUAGAAAAAUUUGGAAGAUUUACCAAAGAGGAAAAAUCAAAAGAGCUAGGUGAUGUGAUGGUUGACAUCGCAAGUAACAUUAUGUUGGCUGAAGAGCGUGUCCUGUGGCUGGCGCAGAGGGAGGCUAAAGCCUGCAGUAGAAUUGUCCAGUGUCUGCAGCGGAUUGCUAUGUACCGACUUGCAAAUGGAGCUCAUGUUUAUUCAACAUAUUCCCCCAAUAUUGCUCUGGAAGCUUAUGUCAUCAAGGCCACUGGCUUCACCGGGAUGACAUGUACCGUGUUCCAGAAGGUGGCAGCUUCUGACCGUACAGGCCUUUCGGACUACGGGAGGCGGGAUCCGGAUGGAAACCUGGAUAAGCAGCUGAGCUUUAAGUGCAAUAUUUCAAAUACAUUUUCAAGUCUGGCACUAAAGAAUACUAUUGUGGAAGCUUCUAUUCAGCUCCCACCGUCCCUUUUCUCACCAAAGCAAAAAAGAGAAGUCAGGCCAACUGACGACUCUCUCUUUAAGCUUCAACUCAUCGCAUUCCGCAACGGAAAGCUUUUUCCAGCCACCGGAAAUUCAACAAACUUGGCCGACGACGGAAAACGGCGCGCAGUGGUUACCCCCGUGAUUCUCACCAAAAUAGAUGGUGUGAACGUAGAUACCCACCACAGCCCCGUUAAUGUGACACUGCGUCGAAUUGCGCACGGAGCAGAUGCCGUGGCCGCCCAGUGGGAUUUUGAUUUGCUGAACGGACAAGGAGGCUGGAAGUCAGACGGGUGCCAUAUACUCUACUCAGAUGAAAAUAUCACGACCAUUCAGUGCUACUCCCUUAGUAACUAUGCGGUUUUGAUGGAUUUGACAGGUUCUGAACUCUAUACCCAGGCAGCCAGCCUCCUGCAUCCUGUGAUUUACACUACUGCUGUCAUUCUUCUCUUAUGCCUCUUAGCAGUCAUCGUCAGUUACAUAUACCAUCACAGUUUGAUUAGAAUCAGUCUCAAGGGCUGGCACAUGCUUGUGAACUUGUGCUUUCAUAUUUUCCUGACCUGUGUGGUCUUUGUGGGAGGAAUAACCCAAACCAGAAAUGCCAGUGUCUGCCAGGCGGUUGGUAUAAUUCUUCAUUAUUCCACCCUUGCUACAGUGCUAUGGGUGGGAGUGACAGCUCGAAAUAUCUAUAAACAAGUCACUAAAAAAGCUAAAAGAUGCCAGGAUCCUGAUGAACUGCCACCUCCACCAAGACCAAUGCUCAGGUUUUACCUGAUCGGGGGCGGUAUACCCGUCAUAGUCUGCGGCAUCACCGCGGCAGCAAACAUCAAGAAUUACGGCAGUCGGCCCGGGGCGCCCUAUUGCUGGAUGGCGUGGGAACCCUCUUUGGGAGCUUUCUACGGGCCUGCCAGCUUCAUCACUUUCGUAAAUUGCAUGUACUUUCUGAGCAUAUUUAUUCAGCUGAAGAGACAUCCUGAGCGCAAAUAUGAGCUGAAGGAGCCCACGGAGGAGCAGCAGAGGUUGGCAGCCCACGAACACGGCGAAGUCGGUCAUCAGGAUUCGAUGUCUUUGUCUCUGAUUUCCACAUCGGCGUUGGAAAACGAGCACACGUUCCGUGCCCAGCUUUUGGGGGCCGGCCUCGCCUUGCUCUUGUAUGUCACGCUGUGGGUGUUUGGGGCCCUGGCCGUGUCCUUGUGUUACCCUUUGGACUUGGUCUUCAGCUUCUUCUUCGCAGCGGCGUGUUUAAGCCUCAGCGCGUUCGUCGUCGUGCACCACUGCGUCCGCCGGGAGGACGUCAGGCUCGCGUGGAUCAUGACCUGCUGCCCAGGCCGGAGCGCGUACUCGGUGCAAGUGAACGUGCAGCCCCCCAGCUCCAGCGGGACCAACGGCGAGGCCCCGAAGUGCACCAACAGCAGCGCGGAAUCUUCGUGCACGAACAAGAGCGCGUCCAGCUUCAAAAACUCCUCCCAGGGAUGCAAAUUAACAAACUUGCAGGCUGCUGCAGCUCAGUGCCAUACCAAUUCCCUGCCUUUGAACGCCACACCUCAGCUCGAUAAUAGCCUGACAGAACAUUCGGUGGACAAUGAUAUUAAAAUGCACGUGGCGCCUUUAGAAGUUCAGUUUCGAACAAACGUGCACCCAAGCCGCCAUCAUAAAAAUAGAAGUAAAGGACACCGGGCAAGCCGACUCACGGUCCUCAGAGAAUAUGCAUACGAUGUCCCCACAAGCGUGGAAGGCAGUGUGCAGAAUGGCUUACCAAAAAGUCGACCGGCCGGUAACGAAGGCCAUUCGAGGAGUCGAAGGGCUUACUUAGCGUAUAGAGAGAGACAGUACAACCCACCCCAACCAGAUAGCAGCGACGCUUGUAGCACGCUUCCCAAAAGCAGCAGAAACUUGGAAAAGCCAGUUUCAACUAGUAGUAAAAAAGAUGCGUUGAGGAAGCCAACUGUAGUUGAACUUGAGAGUCAGCAGAAAUCUUACGGCCUCAACCUGGCCGUUCAGAAUGGACCAAUCAAAAGCAACGGGCAGGAGGGACCCGUGCUGGGUACGGAUAGCACUGGCAAUGUGAGGACUGGACUGUGGAAACACGAGACCACUGUGUAGCCUUGGCGAGGCCUUCUGGGCAGAAAUCCAUACAGACUGUGCUAGUCACAUUCCCUUAAGCUAUGAACGUGUGAAAACUGUUUACAGCCACCUUAGGGAUUCAAAAGAAUUUUAAAUAAACUUCAGAGUUUUGGAUUUUACUUAUUUUAUAUCUUCCAGUUGUUGCUUUUUUAUGAAUUAAAAACAAACAAACAAACAAAAAACCCUCUAAAGCAUUGUUUUAGUUGUCAGAGCACCAGCAGGACAUUUUGGGAAUUUGAAAUAUAAUUUCCUGAAGUUUGUAAUAUCUACUUAACAUUUCAGACUUGUAUUUAAAUACAAUAAAUAGGUGUUUGUCAUUGUGUCAA